AAAGACUCAACAGUUCACGAUAUGUACUCGCUAUUGGCUAUGGCCACUCAUAUCUUCGCGAAUAUCGAAGCAUUAGAGCAGCAAGUUUCUGAAGAUCACACAUAUCUGUCGCAGUCAAACCACGUCCGACAACUCAGAAUCCCUGGUGAUGUGAUCAUCGGUGGCGUAUUUCCUGUUCAUGCCAAAGCCAAUUCCCCAGAUCAACCGUGUGGUGUGAUUACAGAAACGAGGCAUCACUACUUCUAUCAUACAUCAUACAAACAUAUUUUUCCCUUUGAGAGAGCCGGAAUUUCAUUUAAAAAUAUCGAAAGCGAUCCUGGUGUAGGAUUGGCGGUUAGUGUCGUGUCGAAAAUAGCUAUAGUCUCUUUCAGAGGUGUUCACAGAGUUGAAGCAAUGCUCUAUGCCUUGGAUAUGAUUAACUCUCAGCGUGAUUUUCUUCGUGGAUACAAACUUGGCGCAUUGAUACUGGAUUCAUGCUCAAAUCCAGCCUAUGCUCUCAAUCAAAGUCUUGAUUUUGUACGUGAUCUCAUUGGAUCAAAUGAUGCUUCCGAAUAUCGUUGUCGUGAUGGGAGUUCUCCGGAAAGUAAACAUCUGACCAAAAAAAAUGUUGCAGCUGUUGUUGGUGGUAGUUAUAGCUCAGUAACGGUACAGAUUGCAAACUUAUUGAGACUAUUCAAAAUCGUACAAGUGAGUCCUGCUAGCACAAACGCGGAUCUUAGCGAUAAAAGUCGAUUCGAAUAUUUCGCUAGGACAGUACCAAGCGAUAACUAUCAGGCUCGUGCAAUGAUCGAUAUUUCAUUGCAUUUCAACUGGACGUAUGUUUCGUUGGUUUAUUCAGCAGAUGAAUAUGGUGAAUUAGGUGCUGAAGCGUUCAAGAAAGAAGCACGUAAAGUGAAUAUUUGUAUCGCUAUUGAGGAACGAAUACUCAACAAGAAGAAAGCUCUGGCUGAAUCCAUCGAUAAUCUCGUUAAAAAACUUCAACCUGAUAAAGUGGUUGGAGCGCGAGUGGUCGUGUUGUUUGUUGGCACCGAAUAUGUGCCAGAAUUAAUGUUACAAACUGCUGAACAAAUGCAAUUGAACAGCAAUCGCCAACAAAAGAAAAUAAUAUGGUUGGCCAGUGAGGGUUGGGAUCGCAAUAAUGAUGCGUACACGAUUGGGGCCCGGAAAGCGGCCGCAGAAGGUGCUAUUGUACUCAUGCUUGAAUCAAAACGUGUGCCGCUGUUUGAAGAGUAUUUUCUAUCGCUAAAUCCUGGCAGCGAUAAAUUCGAGCGCAAUAAAUGGUUAUAUGAAUUGUGGGAACAUAAGUUCAAUUGUAAAUUCGGAUUGCCUGAUGGAAGUAAGCAAAAUCGGUGCGAAAAUCAACGGCAAACGCGUGAGGAUUUCAAUCCAGACGAUAAGGUGCAAUUUGUAAUUGAUGCAGUUUUUGCGAUCGCCCAUGGUUUACAAGCGAUGAAGCAGUCCGUUUGUCCAAAUGAUACAGCAGAAAUGUCAUGGAUAUCACGCCACUCGAAGAUGCCUCAUAUUUGUUCAGCAAUGAGUUUGAUCGAUGGCGAGGAGUUUUAUCAGAAAUAUCUACUGCAUGUCAAGUUUGAUGAUUUGGUCGGAAAAAAGUUCAGAUUUAGUCCAGAAGGCGACGGCCCGGCACAUUACACAAUUCUGAAUUACCAACCUUCAUUUCGUGACAAACGUUCCGCAACCGAUGGACGUCGCAGUGAAUAUGUCGAAGUAGGUCGAUGGUCGGAAGAUCAGCUGGAAUUAAAUGACGAGAAAAUGUGGUGGAAUGACGGUGGUGUACCAAUAUCACAAUGUAGCAUGCCUUGUCCUCUCGGUUACCGCAAACAACUUAUCAAAGUAGAUGAGAUUUGUUGCUGGGCUUGUGGUAAAUGUGAGGAUUACGAAUACCUGAUCAAUGAAACCACCUGUAUGGACUGUGGUCAAGGGCGAUGGCCUACUUCAGACCGAACUGAUUGCUUCGAUCUUGCACAUAAACAUCUCAGACACAUGCGAUGGUCAUCUUGUGAAACGCCAAUUGUAAAAGCAUCAGGUAGAGAAGUCAGCUAUAUUUUGCUCGCGUCAAUGCUAAUGUGCUAUGCGAUGACGUUCAUCCUUAUUUCAAGACCAACUCCGAUUGUUUGUGCCAUUAAACGAACAGGUAUCGGUUUUGCGUUUUCGUGUCUUUACGCAGCAAUGCUCGUCAAAACGAAUCGUAUCGCGAGAAUAUUCUCACAAGCAACACGUUCCGCACAAAGACCCAGCUGCAUUUCACCAGUUUCGCAAAUUCUACUCACCGCACUCCUCGCUGGCAUUCAACUGUUCAGUUCGCUUAUCUGGCUCGUUGUGGUGCCACCAGGUACAAGACACGAUUAUCCAAGUCGAGAUCAAGUUGUAUUAACGUGUAACGUUCCCGAUCAUCACUUCCUCUAUUCACUUGCCUAUAAUGCAGCAUUGAUUGUAUUGUGUACUGUCUAUGCAGUCAAAACGCGUAAGGUGCCUGAGAAUUUCAAUGAGACUAAAUUCAUUGGCUUCAGUAUGUAUACAACAUGCGUCGUUUGGCUGUCUUGGAUAUUUUUCUUUUUUGGAACAGGAAGUGAUUUUCAGAUCCAAACUACGUCAUUGUGUAUAUCGAUAUCGAUGUCAGCGAACGUAGCACUUGUUUGUAUUUUUUCACCGAAACUAUGGAUAAUUUUCUUUGAGAAGCAUAAAAACGUCAGGAAACAAGAUGGAGAAUACAUGUUAUCGCGAAGAUCGGCCAUCAGUGCGCAUGAUGAAAAUACAGCAACACAAUACACAGCGUUAUUAUCAGACCAACGACGACGCGGCUCAACGCGUAGUUCUCAUCAGAGCAUUUCAUCAUCAGCACAAGACAUCUUCUUGUGA